GCUGUUUUCAUUUCUUUCGCCACAAAAAUGGUUUUCACAAUCUUGAACAUGUACUAUCCAUGCUGAUGGGACAGGAUUCAAUAUGAAUAUAAAUGAUGGAGGAAGACGACGCUUUGAGGAUAAUGAACAUACAUUACAUAUAUAUCCUGGGACAAUUUCAGAAGGGACAAUCUACUGUCCAAUUCCUGCCAGAAAAAACUCCACAGCUGCUGAGGUGAUCGACUCUCUUAUAAACAGGCUUCAUCUUGACAAAACAAAAUGUUACGUUCUAGCAGAGGUAAAGGAAUUUGGUGGAGAAGAAUGGAUACUCAAUCCAACAGACUGUCCAGUUCAACGAAUGAUGCUGUGGCCUCGAAUGGCUCUGGAAAAUCGCCUAAGUGGAGAGGACUACCGCUUUCUUUUGAGAGAAAAAAACCUUGAUGGAUCAAUCCAUUAUGGUAGUCUUCAGUCAUGGCUACGGGUAACAGAAGAACGUCGCAGGAUGAUGGAACGGGGUUUUCUUCCACAGCCUCAACAGAAAGACUUUGAUGAUUUAUGUAGCUUACCUGAUUUGAAUGAGAAAACUCUCUUAGAAAACCUACGAAAUCGCUUUAAGCAUGAAAAAAUUUAUACCUAUGUUGGCAGUAUCCUAAUAGUUAUUAACCCAUUCAAGUUUCUUCCUAUUUAUAACCCCAAAUAUGUAAAAAUGUAUGAUAACCACCAGUUGGGAAAACUUGAGCCCCACAUUUAUGCUGUGGCUGAUGUAGCUUAUCAUACCAUGCUUCAGCGCAAAAAGAAUCAGUGCAUUGUGAUUUCGGGAGAGAGUGGUUCUGGGAAGACUCAAAGCACAAACUUUCUUAUUCACCACCUUACUGCUCUCAGUCAGAAAGGAUUUGCCAGUGGAGUGGAACAAAUUAUUCUUGGAGCCGGACCAGUUCUUGAGGCCUUUGGAAAUGCAAAGACAGCUCAUAAUAAUAAUUCAAGUCGUUUUGGCAAGUUUAUUCAAGUAAAUUACCAAGAAACAGGCACUGUACUUGGUGCCUAUGUUGAAAAAUAUCUACUGGAGAAGUCCAGACUCGUUUAUCAAGAGCAUAAUGAACGGAACUAUCAUGUAUUCUAUUACCUCCUGGCAGGAGCAAGUGAAGAAGAGAGACUAGCAUUCCAUCUUAAACAACCAGAAGAAUAUCAUUAUCUUAAUCAGAUAACAAAGAAACCCCCCAGACAGAGCUGGGAUGAUUAUUGCUGUGACUCUGAGCCGGAUUGCUUCACAGUGGAGGGGGAGGAUUUGAAGCAUGACUUUGAACGCUUACAACUGGCCAUGGAAAUGGUAGGAUUUCUUCCCAAGACACAAAGACAGAUUUUCUCUCUUCUCUCAGCAAUACUACAUUUGGGUAAUAUCUGUUAUAAAAAGAAGACAUACCGGGAUGACUCCAUAGAUAUCUGUAAUCCAGAAGUUCUUCCUGUCGUCUCAGAAUUAUUGGAAGUUAAAGAAGAGGUGCUAUUUGAAGCAUUAGUUACAAGGAAGACUGUGACAGUGGGAGAAAAGCUUAUUUUACCAUACAGACUGGCAGAGGCUGUGACAGUGAGGAAUUCCAUGGCUAAGUCUUUAUAUAGUGCCCUAUUUGACUGGAUAGUUUUUCGGAUUAAUCAUGCACUUCUGAAUAGUAAAGAUUUGGAGCAAAAUACCAAGACUUUGUCAAUUGGUGUUCUUGAUAUUUUUGGCUUUGAAGAUUAUGAAAAUAAUAGCUUUGAACAGUUCUGCAUUAAUUUUGCUAAUGAACGUUUACAACACUACUUUAAUCAGCACAUCUUUAAACUGGAGCAGGAGGAAUACAGAGCUGAAGGUAUCAGCUGGCACAAUAUAGAUUAUAUAGAUAAUACCUGUUGCAUAAAUCUUAUUAGCAAGAAACCAACAGGACUGCUCCAUCUUUUAGAUGAAGAAAGCAACUUUCCACAGGCUACAAAUCAAACAUUGCUAGAUAAAUUUAAGCAUCAACACGAAGAGAAUUCUUACAUUGAAUUUCCAGCUGUGAUGGAGCCUGCUUUCACCAUAAAGCAUUAUGCCGGGAAAGUAAAAUAUGGGGUAAAGGAUUUCCGGGAAAAAAAUACAGAUCAUAUGCGCCCUGACAUUGUAGCUCUUCUGAGAAGUAGCAAAAAUGCAUUUAUCUCUGGGAUGAUUGGAAUUGAUCCUGUAUCUGUUUUCCGAUGGGCGGUUCUCCGGGCCUUUUUCAGAGCUUUGGUUGCUUUCAGGGAAGCCGGGAAGAGACACAUUCAGAGAAAAACUGGGCAUGAUGAUACAGCGCCAUGUGCAAUUUUGAAAAGUAUGGAUAGUUUUAGCUUUCUCCAACACCCAGUCCACCAGAGGAGCUUAGAGAUUCUGCAGAGAUGCAAGGAAGAAAAGUACAGUGUAACCCGUAAAAAUCCUAGGAUACCUCUUUCUGAUCUCCAGGGCAUGAAUACUUUAAAUGAAAAAAACCAACAUGAUACAUUUGAUAUUGCCUGGAAUGGCAGAACUGGGAUUCACCAGAGCAGACUAUCAAGUAAUACCUCCUUGCUUGACAAAGAUGGGAUAUUCGCUAACUCAGCUAGCAGCAAACUAUUGGAAAGAGCCCAUGGAAUUCUCACGAGAAACAGAAACUUCAAAUUGAAGCCUGGCCUUCCGAAGCACUUGCUAGAGGUAAAUUCUUUAAAGCACCUGGCAAGACUGACUCUGCAGGAUCGCAUAACCAAGUCCCUUCUUCAUUUGCACAAGAAGAAGAAACCUCUCAGCAUCAGUGCUCAGUUUCAGGCCUCAUUAAACAAGCUGAUGGAGACACUUGGUCAAGCAGAACCAUAUUUUGUAAAAUGCAUUCGCUCUAAUGCAGAAAAGCUGCCAUUGAGGUUCAGUGAAGCCUUGGUGCUUAGGCAGCUUCGGUAUACUGGGAUGCUGGAGACAGUUCGAAUUCGCCAAUCAGGAUACAGCUGCAAAUACUCUUUCCAGGAUUUUGUGAGCCACUUCCAUGUACUUCUUCCUCGAAAUAUUACUCCAUCUAAAUUUUACAUUCAGGAUUUCUUCAGGAAAAUAAAUACUAAUCCAAAUAAUUAUCAAGUUGGAAAAUCUAUGGUGUUCCUAAAGGAACAGGAACGACAGCACCUACAAGACCUGCUUCACCAAGAGGUGCUCCGCAGAAUAGUAUUGUUACAGCGAUGGUUUAGGGUCUUGCUGUGCAGGCUGCAUUUUCUCCAUCUGAGACAGGCCUCCAUUGUCAUUCAGCGAUUCUGGCGGAAUUACUUAAACCAAAAGCAAGUCAGAGACGCAGCUGUGCAAAAGGAUGCUCUAGUUAUGGUUAGUGCAGCUACUCUUCUCCAAGCGUCCUGGCGUGCUCACUUAGAGAGGCAGCGGUAUUUGGAGCUCCGGACUGCAACCCUCAUCAUCCAGCAGAGAUGGAGGGAGUGCUAUCGGUGGAGGCACUUGGCUGCUAUUUGUAUACAGGCAAGGUGGAAAGGCUACAGGGAAAGUAAGAAGUAUCAAGAACAAAGGAACAAAAUUAUCCUUUUGCAGUCAAUAUGUAGAGGAUUCAGAGCAAGACAAAGAUUUAAAGCUUUAAAAGAACAAAGGCUAAAAGAAACAAAACUAGAACUUGGGUUGAUGAAUAUUGAGCCACAUGGAGCUCUGAAAAUUCAGGGUUCAGACCCUUCAGAAUGGGAGGAUUGUUCCUUUGACAACAGAGUAAAAGCCAUAGAGGAAUAUAAGUCUGUGAUAGAGAGUAAUCGAAUUAGUUCAGUGGACUGCUUGAAGGAUUCCUCAAACAAGCAACAGGAGAGAGCCAGAAGCCAGAGUGGUGUGGAUUUGCAGGAAGAUGUGAUUAUAAGAGAGAGACCCAAGUCCUUGGAAGAUCUCCACCAGAAAAAAGUAGGUCGGGCCAAAAGAGAAAGUCGGAGAAUGAGAGAACUAGAACAAGCUAUAUUUAGCUUAGAAUUGCUAAAAGUUCGUUCUCUUGGUGGUGUGUCUCCUUCAGAAGAACGCCGAUGGUCUACAGAACUGAUGCCUGAGGGCCUUCAGUCUUUACAGGGCACACCUGAUAGUGAAAGCUCUCAAGAAAGUUUGGAACUUCUGAGCUGUGAGGAAAGCCAAAAGGGCAAACUAGAGUCUGUCAUGUUAGAUGAAGGAGACCUGCAGUCUCUCUCACCUUCGAUAUCUAGCAGUCAGAAAUGUGAUUCACAGGCCAAUGCCCAAAGUGCCUCAAGUGAGACCAGCUAUACUUUGAUUCAAAAGGGAGCAUCCUCUGAUUCAGUGCAUUUGAAUAAUGGGACUGUGACGGAAAAACUGGUUUGCAGUUCUGAAUCUGUUACCUGUAAGCCACAACUGAGAGAGUCCUUUGUUUCCAGUAGUCUGCCUACAUUUUUUUAUAUUCCUCAAGACCCACUGAAAACAAGUUCCCAACUAGACACAAGUAUCCAGAGAAACAAACUAAUGGAAAGUGAAGAAACAAUUCCAGCUCUUACUUUGGAUAUUAACAGGAAAACUAGAAUGUAUCGCUUCUCAGGAGAAAAUCAAGUUGUUGCUUUGAGUACAGAUUCUUCUAAUACUGUGCUUAAGAAGUUGGAAAAGCUGAACACUGAGAAGGAAGAAAGGCAAAAACAGUUGCAGCAGCAGAAUGAAAAAGAGAUGAUGGAACAGAUUCGACAGCAAACAGAUAUUUUAGAGAGGGAGCGUAAAACCUUCAAGACAAUUGAAAAACAAAGAAUUGGGGAGUCUUUUCCAGUAUCAUCUUUCUAUCAAUCAAAGCAAAGAGUAGAGAGGCCGUCCUCUCUCCUCAUUCCGAAUACCCCUAAUAAGAAAGAAUCUGAUGUCGUAGGGCAUCCAUCGGUAACUGUACAAGAUGCAGCUCUUGCCCUAAAAGACAAUCCCUCUGCUCACUUUCCCCUGAAGGAUCGACCUGUCACCCUGUUCUUUGAAAGAAAAGGAGGCCCAAGCCAAUCUAGUACUGUCAAUGAAUUAUCCAAGACAGACAGAAUGUCCAACCAACUGAAUGUAGCCUGUAAAUUCAAUAAUAAUGGCAUUUCAAAAAGAGAACACUUUAGGCCAACUCAGUCUAAUAGCCACAAAUCUAAUGACCCUCCCAGAGAUGGAACUACUAGGGCCAUUUUCUUCACACCAAAGGAAAAUAUGAGUAUUUCCCUUGUCAACAAGGAAUCCUUAAACAAUGGAAAUCCUAAACUUCAUAAACAAGAUGAACCAGUUUGGAAACCUGUGAAGUUAAGUGGGCCGGGCCAAGGAGAGACAUCACAACGAUUUUCUUCGGUUGAUGAAGAAACAAAGCUUCAUAAGACUAUGUCUCAAGGAGAAAUUACGAAGUUGGCAGUGAGAGAGAAGUCUUCAGAUUUGGAUAUAAGACCUCAGAGAGCGAGGAUGAGAUUCUGGGCCAAAGGGAAGCAAGGGGAGAAGAAGACCGCCAGAGUAAAACCCGCCCCCCAGGUGGAGGUUUUCCCGCUCUUGGCUGGCUCAGAUAUGAUUCCAGUGCAUCCCUUUCCAGAUGAAUUAGCUCAGUAUCACCCAACACCUCCUUUGAGCCCAGAAUUGCCUGGUAGUUGCCAGAAGGAGUUCAAAGAGAAUAAAGAGCCCUCUCCAAAGGCAAAGCGUAAGCAAAGUGUGAAGAUCAGCGGCGUGACUUUGGAAUCUAUGCAUUGGCAAAAUGACUCUGUCCAGAUCAUAGAAAGUGCCAGUGAUUUAAAGAACAUGGAUGAAUUUCUUCUGAAAAAGAUGAAUGACCUAGAUAAUGAAGACAGCAAGAAAGACACACUAGUGGAUGUUGUAUUUAAAAAAGCCCUGAAAGAAUUCCGGCAGAAUAUCUUCAGCUUUUAUUCAUCUGCAUUGGCGAUAGAUGAUGGGAAAAGCAUACGGUAUAAAGACCUUUAUGCACUAUUUGAGCAGAUUCUGGAAAAGACCAUGAGACUUGAGCAGCGAGAUUGGAGAGAAUCUCCAGUCAGAGUUUGGGUCAACACUUUUAAAGUGUUUUUAGAUGAAUAUAUGAAUGAAUUCAAGACUUUGGAUUGUAUACCCCCAAAGGUGCCAAAAACAGACAGAAAGAAAAGAAGGAAAAAAGAAACUGAUUUAGUGGAAGAGCACAACGGUCACAUCUUCAAGGCCACUCAGUACAGCAUUCCUACCUACUGCGAGCACUGCUCUUCUCUGAUAUGGAUCAUGGACCGAGCCUCUGUUUGCAAAUUAUGCAAGUAUGCUUGCCAUAAGAAGUGCUGUCUGAAAACCACAGCCAAGUGUUCUAAAAAGUAUGACCCAGAGCUAUCAUCUCGACAAUUUGGGGUUGAACUGUACCGUUUGACUAGUGAAGACCGAACUGUUCCUUUAGUGGUGGAAAAGCUCAUAAACUACAUUGAAAUGCAUGGACUGUACACAGAAGGUAUUUACCGGAAGUCUGGUUCAACUAAUAAAAUCAAGGAGCUUCGACAAGGUCUAGACACAGAUGCUGAGAGUGUAAACCUAGAUGACUAUAACAUACAUGUCAUUGCAAGUGUAUUCAAACAAUGGCUUCGUGAUUUGCCCAAUCCACUCAUGACCUUUGAGCUGUAUGAGGAAUUUCUUCGAGCUAUGGGUCUUCAGGAGAGGAAAGAGACAAUCCGUGGUGUAUACUCUGUGAUUGAUCAGCUCUCCCGAACUCAUCUUAAUACACUGGAACGCCUCAUCUUUCAUCUUGUCAGGAUUGCUCUGCAGGAAAACACUAAUCGAAUGUCUGCUAAUGCUUUAGCCAUUGUGUUUGCACCCUGCAUUCUACGCUGCCCUGAUACCAUUGACCCACUACAAAGCGUGCAGGACAUCAGUAAGACUACCACUUGUGUGGAGCUGAUUGUUGUGGAACAAAUGAAUAAAUAUAAGGCUCGUCUCAAAGACAUCAGUAGCUUGGAAUUUGCUGAGAAUAAGGCAAAGACCAGGUUGUCACUGAUUCGUAGAUCAAUGGGAAAGGGGUGUCUUCGUCGAGGAAGCUAUGCAAGUCCAUCCUCUACUGUUGUAGUUCGGUUGCCCUCUAUGUCUGAUGUCCCAGAAGAGACCUUGACUAGUGAGGCAACCAUGGAGAUGGACAUCACAGAACAGCAGCAAGCAGCUAUGCAGCAGGAGGAGAGAGUGCUGACUGAGCAGAUUGAGAACCUACAGAAAGAGAAGGAGGAGCUGACAUUUGAGAUGCUUAUACUGGAACCCCGUGCCUCUGAUGAUGAAACUCUUGAGUCUGAGGCCUCCAUUGGGACCGCCGAUAGCUCAGAAAACUUAAAUAUUGAGUCUGAAGGUGCCAUUUCUGAGAAAUCGGAGAGAAGCUUGGCCCUGAGCUCCCUGAGAGCAGCUGGCAAGUCUGAACCUUCUAGCAAGUUGAGAAAGCAGCUAAAAAAGCAGCACGACUCUUUGGAUUCAGUGGACUCUUCAGUCUCUUCUCAUGGGACCAGAAAACGAUUUCAGAUUUAUUCCAAAUCUCCAUUCUACCGAGCUGCCUCAGCUGGUGAGGCCCUAGAAAUGGAGGGACCGUUGGGCCAGACCAAAUCCCUAGAAGACAGACCUCAGUUCAUCAGCAGAGGAACCUUCAACCCCGAAAAGGGCAAACAAAAAUUAAAGAAUGUGAAAAACUCACCUCAGAAAACCAAAGAGACCCCAGAGGGGACAGUGGGGUCUGGCCACAGGAAGAUUGUGGACCCAGACUGCAGCUCCACCCAACAGCCAGCUCUCUUUGGAAAUAAUGAGUUUAUGGUUUGAACUAGCAGAUGUGUUUCUUCCUAGCUGCAGAGUGGUAAACACAUCUCAUCUUUAGGCCUCUUCUCAUUGCCUCGUCCACAAUAGUCCGUUCUGAGUGAGGACCUGCCUCUUGCCCAAGAGUACCACCAGGACCCGGUGUGCCGCAGUCCUAGGCCUCCUGUGGAGGUGGAGGCCUCGGCGAAGCCUGCCUGCAUGGUGCCAGCUGUGUCUUGGCUGCAGUAUUUGACCGGAGGCUCCACUAACGAAGCCACCUGGCUAGGGCUUGGGGGUUUGGGUCAGUCGUGGAGGUCUUUGGACCUGCCUCUUCCAUCCUCUUUUCCCUUUCCAGAGGUGGGUGUGGAACUGGUGAGCACAUUGUGGGCCUGAGGGCGGCGCAUUGAUUUCUGGCCUUUGAAGAAAACAUGUAAAUCUUUCUUAACCAUGUAAGCAAAAGCUUUUGAGUUUAUUUUGGGAAUAGUUAGGAGCUGGGGUAGAAUAUACGUUUUCCCCCCCAAGGAUUUAUAAAAAAAAAAGUUAAGCCCUCUAUUUUAAGAUUUUCUUAAAAAACACUUCAUGUUAUAUUCUGGGAAACGUGAAAAGGCAAUUGUUUCCAUUAAGCCAUCAGAGCAUGUCUCAGACCUCUGGUUACACAAUGAAGAAGAGAGUACAAGUUUUGUUUUUUUGAUGAUGAUUGAUGUAAUAAUAAUCAAUGCUGGUUUAACUUCUAGUUAGUUCCUGCCAAAUAUAUUGCAUGGGCUGAAGUUUCAGUAGCCAUAUUGUUCCCAUAUUCUCUGGUCCUAGGAUCAGGUUCCUCUAAUUUUCUUAAAUGACCCAGAGAUAUGGUGAACACUAAACAUGAGGGUUUCACCCUAAUCCAUCCAUGCUUUUCUCUGUGUUGAUUGAACUGAAGAUCACAUGUUCAUCUGCUGGUAGAUUUCAACCUGGAACUCAAAGACAAACGACCAUUUAAUCAAUUCCCUCAAAACAUUCACAACACAAUACUACAUGGAUAAGUGUUACAGAAAGCUGCCAAAAAAUAAGAGAGAACUUUUUCAGAUGACCCAUCUAACUUUUAUUUUUUCCUCAGACCAUCAGUAUUAAAUAGACUUUUUUAAAAAUCAAGGACUACUUGAAGCUACUUUUGUUAAUAUUUUGGUUACUGAAGUUUACUGUAAAUAUAUAUGUAUAGUAUGCAUAUUUCUUUUUCACCUUAUGCUUCCCUCCUUCCAUGGAAUUUCUUCCUGAGAUUGGGGAUGGUUGGACGGGGAGGUGAGAGCCACACAUCCCUGGACUGAAGGACAAGUCACAAGUCAAACCAUCUUCACCACUAGGUGUCUCCAUACACCUGAGUUACAAUAGCAUUUUAAGCUUAGCAUCCGUGGGAUUCGAGAUCUAUUUCUGCUAUUUAUAUAAUAUAUGAGAAAUGAAACAUGCUUCCCUUUCUUGAGAUAAAUAUGUGAAAAUGUUUAUUUUUAAAGUUACUAAAUGGAUCUUGUCUAAUUACCACAUGCACUGUAACCUGAAUUUUGGUUAUUCUUCCUUUAAAUGCUUCUUGAAUUUGAAGUUACGGAACUAUUAAGACAUGUUAAGGCAGAGUCUCUCCUGUUACAUGACACUGAACCUCAUGCCACUGCCUAAGUGGUGGUUGUCGAACUCCAGAGAUGAGACUUGGAACAUCAUUCCGAGUGGCAGCUAAAGGCAGCAGGAGUCUUCCCUUUCCCUGGUUUGGGUUCCAAAAUGAGUUAGGAAAAGGGAUCUUUAUAAAUCUCCAGAAUGAUGGUGGUUAGUGAAUAAAUGUUCCAUUUUAUACCCCACAAACAUCUGCCACCUGUCCAGGCUGUCCUGAGGAGUGAGAAAUGUAAAGCCUUUAAAAAUCUGAAUUUCGGAAAAUCUACCAGAGGAAAACUAAUUCAUCCCAGCAUGGUUGUGUGAAAGUGGGAUGGCUGCUGCCUUGGCGCCGCUGCCAGACUGCAGGUCUGUGUCGGUGUUCUUGGGAGAGUCGCGUUCUGCUGGGCAUGACUGCUGCUCUUCACUUGCCAGGCAUUGGUCAAUACCAUACAGAAGGAGAGAGCACCCUUAUUGGAUAGUUUCCUGUGGCCCAGGGGAAUGGCCUGCAGAACACAUCUUGGCAUAUGUUCUCCUUCUAAAUUUUUGUUAUUAUUGUUUUUGCAAAAUAAGUUUUGGCAAUUAAAAAACAACUCAUAUAGGACAUUUUAUAGGAACUUGACAAUGGAUGUUAAGAGACUUUAUAAUUUUUCUCAGGGACUUGAAACCUGAAUUUGGAUAAAGUUAAAUAAAAAAUAUUGCUUUUCAGUUGCUAGAUUUGUGGGUUUCUAGUCAUUUAACAAGCUGCCAGAAUGGAGGGUGGUGGGGAGGAGAGGGCCACACAAUUGCAAGAAUGCAGAGCAAGUGUGGGACCCUCCCUCUGAAGGAAGGACAGCUGCUGUUCUCAUGGGAUGAUAGGUGCUGUGAGCCUGAUACAGAGAUGAUGCCGUAACUCUCAAAAACUGCCGGAACCAACUGCUCUGUCUCCUUCCAUUUGUCCUUAACUGGUUCUCUCCCUGGUUUAAGUUAAGUCACCACAAAGUGAUGCUGUAUGCAUUGCAACCACUUAUGAUUAAGGUAUUUAACCUUAACAUGUGCCACAUCUGUAUUUCCUGUUGCUUUGCGUGUUUACUUUGAUCUCAAAUGCCUCAAAGAAAAUGCCUGCAUGGCAGCAACGGGAUGGCCCCAUAUUUGGAGUCCAUACUCCAGAUUGAAGAGCAUUCUGUUCUAUCACACAUUCCUGGCCCCAAACAAAGCCUGGAUUUUGAUUCUCCCCAUUAAAACCAACACAUCCCUUAUCAUGAAAAAUGUGAUAGCAGCAGAAAAGCCCAAUUUGGAUCACAUUGGAUGCCACAGAGUGAAGCAAAUGACUAUAACAGCAAAUACAGGAAAGGUUCAGGGAGGUGGUCUGCUUAGUUUGUCAUGCACUUUGUACUUCCUGCCACUUUAAUUCUUUUCCCACUCUGGGCUCUGAAAACAUGAAGGGAGGUAUGCCUUCCCGGUGGGAGCCGUGCAGAGGCAAGGGGCCCAGGUCAGGGAAUGGGACACCAGAGCCCUGCCUUCUCACUCCUCAGAAACCAGCUGCAGCUCUCCAGUAACCUCUGCUGGGAGGUUAGAAGAGACUUCUCUGUUCUAUCAGGAGAGGGUUUUUCUCUGUAGGAGACAAAGGGUCCCAGAAACCUGCUGAAAAGAAGUCCAGUCAAGUGCUGCAGGCCCCCUCAGUGCCUGUGGGCCUUGGUGUUUUUAAAGUUAUAACUAAUGAAUGUGUACAUUUCACAAGCACUUUGGUAAGCCAGAGAGAAGAAAGUAUUCUCAGGAUGUGUUCAAAGCGGAGUUAAUUUUAAAGAGAAACCCGGUCCAAGCAGCUUCCCUCAUCCUCUCUCCUCUUUUUCCCUUGAUGGGGAUCUGGAUAUGGGGCAUGCAUCAUUCUGUGUUGACAAAUGCAUUAUGUCACCCAUAAUUUUUUGAUACCAGAAACUCCCCAGCCCUGUUUCCCAACACCAUGCUAACCUUGGUUGUAAAAUUCCUCGGUAUUUGUGGGAGUCCUUUGUCUUUUCUAUGCCCCUAAAAUACUUUUAACCACUUUUUUUCUGGAACCAUUCCCACGUUUGAUUUGGUGUUAAACAGUAACAGCAAAAUGAUGAGUGUGGACAUGGAUCUAUUAGGUUUUGUGGUCCCUUGGUUGAAACUUAAAAAAAAAGCCCCACCAAGGGGCCUAUCACCUUGCUAUCCAUCCAUACUUAAUACCUAUUUAUCAGUCCUCUUAGGUCAUAUAAAAGUUGCACCUUUUGAAUCAUAUAAUUGUAUUUAACUAGGGGAAAGGUGUGUACUACAGAUUAGUAUUAUUAUAUUAUUUUAAUGGGUUUAAAUAAUUUAUAAGUAUGCUGAGUGUAAAUUUUUAAAAGACUACGUAUUGUAAAAGGACAUAUCCUGUGAAAUAUAUUUUACUGUUAAACAGAAUAAUUCUAUAAGAAGAAUGAUUUAUCUCACCCAUGGAACUGAUUAUAUUCCUAAUACAAUCACCAGGCACUUUGUAAUUUCCUUUUGUUUUGUUGGGUUUUUUUUUUGGGGGGGGGGGGGGAGCAAGAUAUCAUCUGUAUAGAGUCCAGUUUGUGUCACUCAAAAUCUGUGCUGUGUGGCUGCACAAAGGCAGCCUGAUGAACCCAUCACUCCGGCGGCUCAUUAAAGAACAAAGCUUC